CUGCAAGUUGGGGAAAGCAAAAACAAGCACAAGAGGAAUACCCUCCCCAAGCAGUGUUGGGUGGGAAGGUGGAGCUGUUUUACAUCAUGGUUCACACCUCAGAUUUGGAUGCCUCCAGUUUGUGUUCAGUAUUGUUGAAGAGAGCCCAGCAAUGAGUGGCAGCUAUUUUGUGGCAUGUGUGUCAUUCACUGCAUGCAUCAAGAUACAGCCUCUGAAAACAGUGGUUACCAGGGGAUGGUUCAGUGUAGCUUAUGGAACACCAGUUGCCAUGUUGAAACUGCCAACACAUUCAAUUGAAUUACUGAUAAAAACCUCCAAAUAUCAAGUAUCUGAAUUUUCAAACAAGCAGCUGUUCACUUUUCACACUAUGAAGUCACUAUUUCUAUCUUUUGUAUAUUUUUGUCUUCUGUGA